AUGGGGAUCUUGGCCCUGGACCAAGUAGAAGCUCUGGAGGAGGUGGGUGUGCUGGAGCCCGAGGUAGAUUUCAAGCAGUUUCUGCUCCCAGGCAUCAGCUGCCUGCUGGAGGACAUCAAAGCGCUCAACUGAGAAUCCAGGAGCGCAUGUCUGAGGACCAGAAGCAAGUGGCGGGAGGUGGACCGUCUGCUCAUCCAGAUGAAAACACAGGUGGAGGCCUCAGAGCAGGGCACCUUGAAUAGCAUUCGGCCUCCCAAUGGGGAGGCUGAUGACAGAGUAUCCGAGUUGUGCAAGAAGGCCAAGGGAAAAGGCAAGGAGGUGGAGACAGAGGCUGAGAUGUCAACGGAACUGGUCUGGCGCAUGGAGGAAAGCGACUUGCCCGGAAGGAGGGUCACAGUUCACAGGUGA